AUGACGAGUACUGCAACCAUCAUUCAUGCUACGUCAACAGCACUUCAGACUCCUGGUCCAGGAGCAUAUGUUCCACCAUCAACAUUCGGAAAUGAAUCUCCGAAAUAUACAAUUAGACAUCGACUAAAAAAUAAAGAAAAUGUAACAGGAAUACCAUAUCAAGCUAUUCCAUCAGAAUUUGGAACUGGACACAAGUAUACAUUCGGAAUUCGACCAAAAGAGAAAGAAAGAGAACAAUCUCCAGGUCCAAAUUACGUUCCACCACAAUUCGGAUCAGAUGCACCAAAAACAACAUGGCACCCUAGAACAGUUUCCAAAGAAAUGGCUCAAUCAACACCGGGACCUCUGACAUAUGAUGAUCCAACCAAAAAAUCUUCUCCAAAAUUCACAAUGAAAGCAAGAAAAUUUACUAGAGAUGAAGGAGUUAUUGAUUCACCAGGUCCUGCAGCAUAUAUGCCAAAUUAUUCAGUUGUUCUACCAAGUGCAAGAAGAAAUACAAUUCAUUCACGCAGCCCAGAUCCUAAAAACAAAUUCGUUACCCCAGGUCCAUAUGAUGUAAAGGAUCUUGACAAGCCUCAUGGCAUUUCAUUCCACUUUAAACAUAAAGAGCCAAAAUUUGAUCAAACACCAGGUCCUAAAUAUCAUACUGAAAGACAAACAGGUGCUGAUGCUCCAAAACUUACAAUCAGACCACGCUAUGCUACAAAAGAAAACAUCCUUGCAGCUCCAUAUCAAAAAUAUCCCGAAAUUUUCGGUACAGGAAGUCCAAAGAGGAGUUUUGGCAUUAGACCUGCAGAAUCAAAGAAGGAAACAACACCAGGACCCAACUAUAUGCCUCCAGAAUUCGGUUCUCAAUCUCCAAGAAUUUCAUUCCAUUACAAACCUCAAGAACCAAAGGCAAAGGCUACAUCUCCAGGUCCAAACUACCUUCCAACAGAUACUUCUGAAAAAAGAUACACAAUCAAAGGUCGUAAUUUCACUCCUGACGAAGGGAAGAUUUCUGGACCAGGUCCAGGUAAAUACAUGCCUAAUUACGAUCUCACUUUGUCUUCUAUCCCUAAGAUGUCAAUCCACGGCCAAAUCACUUCAUCUAGAAAACAGGAACAAACUCCAGAACCUCUUGGACCAUUCCCUAAUGAUACAGGACCAAAGUAUACAAUUGGAAGAAAAGAUUAUCUUUCUGUUAUUCCUGGCUGCGUUUUUUGA